AUGGCGUCCAGACAGUACAGUAUGCCCUACAAUCCUCAGGACUGGGCCCCGGUGGGCAACAGGUCAAUCAAUGCUGGCCAAUCUCCCUAUCCACAACAGAAUAACAUGCUACGGAUCGUCUCUCAACCACGGUCAAGCGGAGCUCACUCAGAUGUAUCUCUGUCGCCCCCUCCGCCGCCAUACUCACCUCCAAGCCAGCAGCAUCAGAGCCAACAACACCAGAGAGAUAAUACCGGCCAGAAUACUUCCUCAAGGGGAUCCACAUCACCGAGCCUCAGCUCUUCCUACAAUGGGCCGGCACGCCCUGGUGUGGAUGCUUCAUUAGAAUACCGUCAAAGACGCCUUCCCCGGACUCGACCUUUAUCUAUGGUGUUGGGGAGCGAGGCAGGUCACAAUAGGCGAGUCUCGCUACCGCCUCCUCCACCGUUGCCGCAAAAUGUGUCGACGUCCAGAUCUUCCUCUCAAAAUCGAGCCGACGGGUACAGUGAACCGUCAUUGGCCAUGGCAGGAUCGAGGCCGCAUAUCGUGGUUUCGCCGGAGAAUUUACGUCCGCUGCAAUUGAGUAAUGAGAACCAUUUGUUCGAGGCUUCCCAAUCAUUUGAUAUGGACCGCCCUCCAGCUUCAAGAAGGGCUGUCUCUGCUGGGCCUGCCGUGAGCAGCGCCAGUUCAUCAAGAGCCCACAGUCAGUCGGGAACCCGCUCUCCUCCCAGUACUGGGUGGGAACCGGGAAUGCCUCUUCCCCCACCGCCUCCUGGACCACCACCAACCGCAAGGUCGCAUAGUGUAAGUGGACUUAACGACCCAGCGUCCUUUCGAAACUCGCUAGCUCCCGCUAGAGGGGGUAGGACGCGGCCGCCCCCGGUUCUAGGCACAGGUCUGGAUAGCAUUCCGCCAACACCAGCUGGCUGGGUCGAUGAAGGGGCAAGCGAUGUCAGGCACAAGGGCGACCGGCUACCCCUCACGAUUGACACAUCAAAUACAUCGACUGCGAAUGGACCAGGAUCUCUUGAGUCUUCUCGCACUGCCCAAAAUCCCAAUAGUGGUGGCCUUUUCCGCAGCCCAGCGAUCAAGGACCCCAACGCUAAGGGAAUUCGAGAAAGGAGAAUCGAACGGCGGAACCGGCAAAGCCAAGUAAUCGAUAGCCUUAGUGCUAUCUCCAUGAGCAGCAACCCCUGGGCCGAGGCGUUGGAACAACUCAAACCUUCCAAUCUGGUUCUCGAAGACUCUGAUGCAGAUCUCGACACUGCUAGACCCCAGGCUUCAGCAAAGCUUGCGCCACACAGCAGCCGCAGUACGGGCUCUGAUGGGCACCAGGUCACAUCACGAUCAAGAGCCUCUUCCGGGGGUCUGUUUUCCAAUCGGUCCUGCUCAACCCCUAAGGCAGACCCCAGUCAGCGGGGACCAUCUGCAGCGUUUGCACAGACACCGCCCUUUUCACCAGGCACAGAAAGGUCGUCUACAGGCAAGAAAACAUCGCCGGCAUUACCACCCAAAGCACUUCCGACACCUCCGCUACAACUUGGGCUAGAUAAAACGCCUUCUCGUGUGAUAUCACAGGAAGAACGACCAGUUUCUCAUAUACUCCAUUUGCCAAAUGAUACCGUCACUGCAGUGUCUCCCUUGGCGCCUCGCCGUGUGAUAGCACAGCAAGGCCCUUCCUUGGAUACUGUUGUCAAUCGCGAUGACGAGUUUGUCCGGAAUUCCAUACAAAGACACCGAGAGUUCAUUGACAAGGAAGCCGAUACUGCUGAUGAGAAAGAAGCUUUGCGUCUGUUUGCAGAGUUCAUCAUAACAGAGUCCCAGAUCAGGCGUGAGCGAUACGCCAAGAUAUGGGGCCUCAGUUCGUUUGACGCCGAUGAUGUACGCCGUAGGUUGUUCGAAAUGCCUCCUAAACCAGCAACGGAGCAGCCGUCAAGUCAAGUAAGUCAAAUAGCACCUGCGCCAGCUGCCAGAAGGAUGGCCAAACCUGGAGCACCAAAGCUGGACAUACCUCAGAACCGUCCGGAAUCGGCGUGGUGGAGCAAUUACCAGCCUUGUCUCUCUCCAAUAGCAAGUCUUGGGUUGAGCAACGAUGAAAUGAGCUCGAGAGGUCGGGCACCCAGUCGCUGGUGGGAAUCGAAAACAGGCUCAAGCAGCGAGGGGGGAGAACGGAAAGUGCAGCGUUCAAAGAGGGAGACCAAAUACAUGGGCUUGCCGCGCGGAGCACUGCAAUGGGAAGAAAGCCAGGCCUCGUCUGAAACCGGGACCGGUGGUGCAUCCCAAGCAGCGAACCCGUAUGCUGCGUAUGGCCCUGAUGAAUACCCUUCCGAGAAAGUUGGAUGGCAUGAGGACCCUACUCUACCGGACUAUUCCCGCACUGUAGGCCUUGGUUAUAGCAGACGCCCCGAACAAAAGCCCAAGAUGGAUGUCUCGAGAUUGGUAACUUUACCGCCGCCAUACCCGCGACAUUAUCCCGCCGUCAACAAUAGCCACCCUGACCUUGUCAGUUACCGGACGUUGGUCCGAUCAAUUACUGAUUUAUCCGAGGUCAAAGCUACCAGGCAACGACAUCAAACAGAUAUGGCCAGUCUGUUCCAAAAACACGAACAACGGGUCAAAGAAGGUCGCCGGCAGUUCAAAGCCAACAUCCAGAGUCAGAUUCAGCAAGGAAGCAUCACAUUCGCAGAGGCCGCAGAAGCGGAGGCUGCGUUGGUAGUGGAAGAGCAUAGCCUAGAGCGAGAGCUGACGAAGAGAGAGCUGGAUGCUUACCAAGAAUCCGUGUUGAAGCCAAUGCGUGCGAUAUUGACGGAUCGGAUCGACCGAGCCAGCGUUUGUAUUGAUGAGCUACGCGGUCGAUUGUUCGACGAUGCGCGGUCUGGAACGCCCGAUCAAACCCAAGAGGAAGGGGAUGAGAAGCCCGAGCUUCUGGAAAAGCUUACACAGCUGAAAUGGUUGUUUGAGGCGCGCGAGCAGUUACAUCGCGAACUGUUUGAUCUGGUCAGUGGGCGGGACGAGAAGUAUCGCGCUGUGGUCUUGCUGCCUUACAAGCAGGCAGCGAACAAUGACAAAGUGCGCGAGACAGAUGAUUUCUUUGUGAAAGAUGCAUUGGAUCGCCGGGUGAACUACGAGGCCAGUGCCCUGACGCGGCUGGAAUCUUUCCUGGACGUAACAGAGGAGAAUGUGGCCCGAGGCGUGGAGAUACAGCUCUCGGCGUUCUGGGACAUCGCACCGCCUCUCUCCACGCUGGUUCAGCAAGUGCCCGAGAACCUUCGUGGCUUUCAGGUUCAAAUCCCUUCCAACGAGUAUGACGAGAACCCGAGUUACCAGGACCAUCCGUUGCAGUACCUGUAUACUCUGGUCUCCCAUGCCGAGAAAUCCAGCUACCAAUACAUUGAGUCGCAAAUCAACCUCUUCUGCCUGCUGCACGAGGUCAAAUCUGCCGUGAUGAAAGCCAACUGCAACCUGGACAAAGUGGCUACGGUGGAGGGACAGUGGGCUGAGGCCCUGGGGAGUCAAAUCCAACGGCUGCGCGAGCGGGUGAAGGAACAGCUGAUGGUGGAAGACGGGUGGGAGGAUCUGGAGCAGCUGGAGCAGACUUGA